AUGAAUAAUGACCUGAUCGGACUGAUUGCUCCUUUGACUCCAACUCCCCGCUUGCACUUUCUCAUGACUGGGUACACACCGCUGACCACAGAUAGCGAAGUAUCCACCGUCCGUCGGACCACCGUGUUUGAUGUGAUGCGACGGUUGCUGCAACCGAAAAACAUGAUGGUUUCCACCCAGGUGCAGCGUGGUGUGAAUCACUGCUAUGCAGCCAUACUGAACAUAAUUCAG